GCGGCGGGCGGCGGGGUUAAGCGCGUCGCCGCCGCCCCGGGCCUAGGCGCGAGUCCCGAGAGCCGAACCUGCACCUUGAACCCGCAGCUGUGCGCGCUCGCUCGCCAUGGGUCUCUGCCGCGGCCCCGGCUCCGCGGCCGUGCUCCCGCGCGGGCUCCUGUGUCUCCUGCUGCUCGCAGCCCCGACGCUCUCGGCUGGACGUCCCCCGCCGGUGGUGUUGGGUGAGGCUCGCUUCCAGGCGUCUGCUGCCCGGAGAUUUGGGCAACCAGCUGGAGGCCAAGCUGGACAAGCCGAGCGUCGUGCACUACCUCUGCUCCAAGAAGACCGACAGCUAUUUCACGCUCUGGCUCAACCUGGAGCUGCUGCUGCCUGUCAUCAUCGACUGCUGGAUCGACAACAUCAGGUGACCGCUCUGCGUCUCCGCCCGCCCUCCAGGCUGGUCUACAACAGAACCUCCCGGACCACGCACUUUCCAGAAGGUGUGGACGUCCAGGUCCCUGGCUUUGGGGAGACCUUCUCGCUGGAGUUCCUGGACCCCAGCAAAAGAAGCGUGGGUUCCUACUUCCACACCAUGGUGGAAAGCCUGGUGGGCUGGGGCUACACGCGGGGCGAGGACGUCCGCGGGGCCCCCUACGACUGGCGCCGAGCUCCAAAUGAGAACGGGCCCUACUUCCUGGCCCUCCGCGAGAUGAUCGAGGACAUGUACCAGCUGUACGGGGGCCCCGUGGUGCUGGUUGCCCACAGCAUGGGCAACAUGUACACGCUCUACUUUCUGCAGCGGCAGCCGCAGGCCUGGAAGGACAAGUACAUCCGGGCCUUCGUGGCCCUGGGUGCACCCUGGGGGGGCGUAGCCAAGACACUGCGCGUCCUGGCCUCAGGAGACAACAACCGGAUCCCAGUCAUCGGGUCCCUGAAGAUCCGGGAGCAGCAGCGCUCGGCCGUGUCCACCAGCUGGCUGCUGCCGUACGCCACCACCUGGUCCCCCGAGAAGGUGUUCGUGCGCACACCCACCGCCAACUACACGCUGCGGGACUACGCCCGCUUCUACCGGGAUAUCGGUUUCCCCGACGGCUGGCUCAUGCGGCAGGACACGGAGGGGCUGGUCCAGGGCCUGGUGCCCCCAGGGGUGCCACUCCACUGUCUUUACGGCACGGGGGUUCCCACCCCAGACUCCUUCUAUUACGAGACCUUCCCAGAUCGGGAGCCGAAGAUUUGCUUCGGGGAUGGCGACGGCACCGUGAACCUGGAGAGCGCCCGGCAGUGCCAGGCGUGGCUGGGCCGCCAGCAGCAGCCAGUGUGGCUGCAGGAGCUGCCGGGCAGCGAGCACAUCGCCAUGCUGGCCAACGCCAGCACCCUGGCCUAUCUCAAACGCCUGCUCCUCGGGCCCUGACCGCCAGCCCAGGCUGCUCUCGGCCUCCAGAGCCAGCGCGUUUAGCCCCUGGAGACACACCGGGCCACGCUCUGGGUCUUGGGGUGGGGUGAAGCUUCUGCCCUCGCUCUUCCUCAGGGAAUUUCUUGACCCGCCUGGGGGCGGAGGGAGAGGCUGAUAGCGGGAGGAUUGGGACCUCCUGAUGGUUCGGGCCAUGCUCCUCUGAUCUCGGGGUCCUUUUUGCCCACCAGCCAGGCUCAGGCCUCCUGUCUUUGAGGGGUGCCACAGAGGUGCUGGGACCCACCCCCAAGGUCCCAGGCAUGGGCCCCUGGUCUGUAGGGGAAUGGCUGCCUCUCCUGGCCACAGGUAGCGGGCAGGGGGCAGGAGCUGUGGCCUCCCUGUGGCUCAGCAGCUCCCCAGCCUGACUGGAUUCUUGGGGGGCAGCCCGGUUCUCCAGUGUUUAGGGGCAGUGUGGGGUCUCCGUGGUUUCCAGGCCCCAAACACCCACGUCCUUUCUUUACCUCCAAGAACCAUCUUGCUCAGGAUUGGGCCGCAAAUGGCUUCCCAGUUCUGGGGUAGGGGCCACCCUGGGCCCUGGCUCCCCUGGGUUGGGCACUUGGCCUCGGGACCGACGCUGCUCCCUCUGCCCUGGGACUCUGCUCAUGAUGCCAGCAGGGCCCAGUGCAAGCGCUUAAAGGAAGAACUCGAGGCCGCAGCCCUCCCGCUGGGGUCACGGCCACACUCGUCAUGGGUUUCUGGGACCUGUGCCAGGGCCGGAGUCAGACUGGGAGAGGCGGGGCUCCUGCCCCCCACCCGGAAGCUGAGAGAGGUUUAGUUUGCAGGCGCCAACCUGGAGACAUGUCGGCCAGGCCACCUCCUCAACCCCUCAUGCUCAGGGGAUUUUCUGUCGCCUCAGAGGUGCUGCGUGAGAGCAGGAGUGGAAUCCUCCUGUCUUGGUGCCAUGAGCCGAGACUCGGGGGGGACCCUCCAGGGUAGGGCCCGGAGCCCCCUUCAGGCCGGACUCCGCCUCCUCUACUGCAUUUCCGUUUCCAUGGAGCUGGGGCUGGUCUGUGGUGACCCUGCCCAGCGCCCGACUCUCCCUUGCCCCUGAGUUGCGUGGUGGGCCUCACAUGGGCUCUGAGCAAGUUGUACCUCAAUUUUGGCAAUAAAAGUAUUCUGG